CAGAUAUGUUAACGUCUUUCGGACGCGAGUCUUGUCGCAAAAAGUAACGCUAACUCGUCACAUUCUAACGCUCCAUAAAUCUCACGAAUACGGAGAUAUUGCUCGAACGUCGCUUAAUAAUUGAAAAAAUAUUCGCGAUUAAUUGUGGUGGAAAGACAAUCGCUGACCGGGGGCCGGGACGAAUUUACGAUGGGCGCGACUCGCGUAAUCGCUAGUUUAUCAGAGAGCGGUGCGUUAGCCUCGACGAUUCUGAACUUCUGACCGGACGCGGAUUAAAUUACCGCCGCGAGUCUCGCGGCGCCGACUGCCUCAUUUUAUAAAAAAUAAAAUAUAUGUAUAUAUAAUUUGUCAACGGGAUCAUAGCCAAUAUGUGAAUUCCAUUACGUACAAAUCUUAUUGAUUUUUACCUGCAUACAAAGAUUAGACAACGAGGAAAAUUCUCGUCUCUCGGGAUGAAAUGAAAAAUCGCGAUUUGGAACAACAUGGAUUAACCAGAGGCGUAUGUGCGUUGCUAAUCGAAGUGCGGAGUGCAUUAUAAUGCAAUUAACUCUUCUACCCCCCUCUUAAUUCGGCACUACAAUCUUCUGUGAGAGUGUCGGAUGAAUUCGUUGCCAUUCCAUCGGAUCGCGGUGCGGGAAGCAUAGUUCGCGCUACGUGGACCUGCGAUCGGACGAUCGUUGGUCGAUCGAGUGGAUCGGAGAUCUAAACGCUUCAAAAAUUGACUAGUCAAAUAACUACCACCUAUCAUGAUGUGGAUCGGAUCGCUCGCAUUUUUCGUCAUCGUCGUUUCGUUCGUCUCAUCAAUAACGAUUGACCUCUCAUUUCGGAAAUUGAAAAAGGAAGAUUUCUUCGUGAGAGUGCAGACCCAGAUCAAUCUACAGGAAGUGACAGACCUCAAUCUAAGAGGAAACGAAUUUGACAGUUUUCUGGACUGCUCUACCAAUCUAGGAACACUGAGAACGCUGGACUUGUCUCAGAAUCACCUUCAGCGAUUUUUUUUCCUAUGCAAGGAAGAAUAUAAUCUGCAAACGUUAAACGUGAGCCGCAAUAAACUAGAAUACAUCGACGAUAAUGCUCUCAAUGACCGAAUACCGAAACUGAAGAUACUAGAUCUUUCUUUCAACAAGCUCACCGUCGUCAACGAGACCAUGUUACAACACCUAACGGUUCUCGAGUAUUUAUCUUUAUCCCAUAAUCCCAUAGGGGAUGGGAUACACGAAAGCGCAUUUUGGAAUUUAAGGGCGUUGAAACACCUCGACUUGAGAAACAUAUCCGCGCCGUACUUCUCGUCGGACUUCUUCAAAACCUUGACGAACUUGUCGACCUUAGACCUAUCCUGGAAUCCAAUCAGCGUGAUACCUCUGUUACCGAUAAGUUUACAGGAGUUGGAUUUAUCCGGCACGCAAGUGAUAAGCCUCGAAAACUUGUAUCUACCGCAGUUACGAGAGUUGCGGCUAAACCACAUGCCAAACUUGACAUCACUGGCGCUGAACGAUCUUGAGAACCUGGCCAGCCUGGAGACGUUAUCGUUGAUCGGUUGCAAACGGCUAGUCGAGCUUAAGCUUUGGUCGCAGAUCGGCCUCGUGUUGCCACGGUUGCAACGCCUUUCGAUAAAAGAGUGCGGUCUCGAAACUCUGGGUAUCGAUCUGCGUCCCUUGGUGCAACGGACACCCGUUAUCGAAUUGGGAAACAAUCCUUGGAAGUGCGACUGCAAGUUGGAAUGGAUUGGCCUGUUGAAUUCGACUAAGAAUCUUAGUCGGAACAUCAGAUGCCACGCACCGGAUCGGCACCACGCCAAGCUUCUGGCUGAAAUACCGAGCCACGAGCUGCAAUGCGAAUACGACUCGUCGGUCAUCUAUCCGAUCCUAUGGACGGGCCUCUCGAUAUUGAUCGUUACCGUGAUCAUCGCCGCGGUCUUGGUUCUCUUCAAACGGCCAAUAAGCCAAUGGAGCUUCAAGGGAAGGAACGGGGAUACCGUCACGUACAAGAACGUCGUCGAGUCGAACAAUGAUCUGGUCCGAAUACUGGCGGUGUCCGAGACGCACGAACGCAACGAAGAAUGAAGCCAAAUUGAAAUUGGAAAAAGAAAGAACAACACAGACGACUGGGCGGAAAAAUCGUCGGACUAACAGCAGACAUUUCAGCGAGUCUUUUUUCGAAAAGCUUUGUUGUAACGAUUACUUUGUAAUAAUAUAUAGUGUAAUUGCGAUGACCACACGACGAAGUCGUCCUAAAAGAUUGCCCUAUUAUUUUCUUUUUCAUAUUAGCGGAAUAUGUCGAUUUGCAAGAUGUAAAUAAGAACAAACGUUGAUUUAAGUAAAUGAUGUGGAUAUCAGGUUUUUUUUAAACCGCUUAAUCUUAUCGUUACAAACAUUUUAAUGAUAAGGUUAAAAAUAUUCGAAAGUUGCAAUAAUCAGUUUCAGAGUUUCCUAUGACAAAUUGUCACGUUAUCCAAGUAUAUCAAAGUGAAUUAUGAUCGAACGAAAAAAAGUCUCUCAUGCCUCGUAAACACGAAUGAUCGAGUAUUCGAGUAUUUGAACGGCAUUCCCCAGUGUCCGACAAUAAAAACUGAAACUUCUGUGGUCGAAUAAAAA